UAAUCUAGCAGGCAACGCAGGACACAUCACUGGAACCAUCGGACCUAUCAUGCAAUUCUCCGCGCCCAUCCCUGGAGCCACAGGACCCAUCAGGCUGUCUCAGAGAACCAUCGUGCAAACUCCUGGCCCUAUUGCACAAUUUACAGAAUCCAGUGAUGAACCUUCACAAGUCUGCCUCCGUAAGUCAUAUGCUGUUCCUGAGGGAUCCAACUGUGCAAUAACUCCAAUCGCUAUCAGUUGUCCACCAUCUCCCAAGACACCCAUCUGUUCGACUCCGGUGUCCAUAGUAAUGUCACAGAAAACUAUGUUCAGACAAGAUCCGGUUGCUCUCGUGCCUUUUGGUUGUGAGGAUGGAGGACUUCCCCCCAGAGCAGAGGCGGGACUCUUGCUAGAAGGGUGCAGGGACUCACUGAAAAAGAGAAUGGUUGGAGGCCCUAAUGAAUCCUACACAAUGCUGCACAAACGAGAGAUCAAACGGAGAGUCCGGCCGGGAAUGGGGCUGCAGUGCGAGCCCAUGAUGGACCAGAUGGGAGGGGCAAGGAGGCGAGACUCGCCAAGAGGACAAGACUCUCAAGUGAGGUUUGACCCCGACCUUCCACCCGAAACCAUGUGGUGUGAACCACCACGUUACAGAAGACCUGAAUCCAAGAUGAGGAGGACCAACGACGCCACGCUGAGGAGACAGGAGUGGCAGGGCGAGUGCCCAGUGACCGAACAUGAAUUCGAGUACCAGUACAUGAAAACUGCUACGCCUCCCGCAUCAUGGCCGCCCCAGAGAAUGGCCUCAAACGCUCCACCUCCUGCAGCACAGCCAUCCAAGUCAAGGGCCUCAGCUCCUCCGCCCAAGACGGAGGCCCCAGCUUCUGAAGGACAACCAGGAGCGGCCCCAGCAGAAGCACCGCCUGAAGAAAAUCCACCAGGGGAAGGGGGUGAUAAACCCAUGAAAGAGAAGAAGAGAAGGAAGAGCCAAGGUGGAGAAGAAGGUUAAGAAUAGCAGAGCCGGGCCACCUCCAUGAUCCUCAGGCAUAAGCUGUGUCUCAGCCCUCGCCCCAGAGGGUCAUGGUUAUAAAAUCCUUUUCCUCAAGAUGUCUUCAUUUUCUGCUAUUCAGUUUUCCAUUAUUAGACUUCCCCACCACAAACUUCAUCUUCCAAGUUUUGCUUCAUAAGUCAAUAUAUUUAAUCCAGUGAAGAAAGAUGAUGUUUUCCGAAA